AUGGACUCAUCCGACUUCCCGGUCGCCAGAUCCCCUCGGAAGGAGCUCCAGGGUCCCCGCCCGCCGGCGCUCAAAGUCCGCAAAGAUUCCCACAAAAUCAAGAAGCCUCCCAUCGCUCCCAACCCGAAUCCGAAUCCAAACCCGACCCAGCAACACCAGUCGCAGCCGCCGCGCGCCCCGGUCAUAAUCUACACGGUUUCCCCCAAAGUGAUUCACACCAAUCCCGGCGAUUUCAUGAACCUGGUCCAACGCCUCACCGGCUCCUCUUCGUCCUCCGCUGCCGCCGCCACCUCCUCCUCCUCCUCGAAUCCGUUCAACGACGACCCCGGCGCGAUGUCUCCGGCGGCCAGGUACGCGACGAUUGAGAAAGCGAAUUCGCCUAAAGAUAAGGGGAAGGGGAAUUCGUUGAUUUAUCCGCAGAGUGGGAAUGGAGAUUUGGGGGAUUUCUUCAUGGAAGGGGUGGAGAUGGGUCAACUGAUGGGUGGAUCUCAACAGGGUUUGCCGCCGGGGAUACUGUCGCCCGGGCCGGCUUCCCUGCCGCCGAUCUCUCCGAGCUUCUUCUUCCCUCCGCCGUCGUCGACGCCAUCAGCGGAUCCGAGCUCGUUAGGGUUCUUCCACGACCUUGUGAGCCCGGCGGGGCAACUGCACAGCAGCAGCCCGUCGACCUUCGUCGCCGGAUUCUCCCCUCAAGCGAACUUCGUCGCCGGAUUCUCCCCCCACACGAACUUCGUCACCGGGUUCUCGCCGCACGCGAAUUCGCCGUUCCCGUCGAUUGACCUCUUCAACAAUUUCAACUCCGGCAACUUUGACUUCUGA